AUCUUCAGUUAGAAGUCGAUCAUGUAAAAUGAGGAUGUGCAGGAUGCGAAAGACAGCUUGUUUAGGCAUCGUUCUCACACUUGUGAUUCUUACCAUAUAUCAUAGAUACACAUCAGUAAACCCCGUUAUCUCUAAAGGACUUAAGGAAGAAAGUUCGAUUUCAAGUCAGUUCAAAAAUGCUAUACAACAAUUCUCAGCAGAAGAACGCCCUGCAACCACUUUUCAGGAGGAAUCGGAAAGUGGACCCCCAGAGGUAACGAACGGAAAUCCACUGAAUGGCAGUCUGAAUCCCGAUCAAAGCAACCAUCUUGCAAAUUCUUCUACAGCAAUAAAUAUUGUAGUUGAAGAUGGGCUUCCUUUAUCAGACCAUCACAUUAAAGUGGAACCUGACAACUACCUUGCUAGAUGCUCCAUCAGUAAAGGAAUACAUCACAAUGGAGCUGAUUUACAGGUGUCAGAUUUAGUGGAAAAUCUCCCAUUUCAAUCUGAAAACACAGAUCACGGACAGUAUAAUGGUAAUCUUAAACCUUUACCAACCUCUGAAGAAUUGACUGUAUUUCUAGUGCCCCACUCACAUUGUGAUCCAGGGUGGAAAGAGACGUAUGACCAUUACUAUGAGAGAGAUGUUAAGCCGCUCUUAACAAACAUGUAUCAGUUUACUUUGGAGCACGAGGACUUCAAAUACAUCUACGCAGAGGUCUCUUUUUUUAAGCUGUGGUGGGAGGAGCAGACUGAUAAAGUUAGACAGGACAUGGCCAGACUUGCUCGUGAGGGCAGGUUCGAGUUUGUCCAGGGAGGUUGGGUUAUGAAUGAUGAGGCUAACACACACUACUUCGCCAUCUUGAACCAAAUGAUGGACGGGCACGAGUGGUUGAAGAAGAAUCUUCCAGAUGCUGUACCUAAUGUUGGGUGGGCUAUUGAUCCAUUCGGACUGUCGCCAUUCAUGGCACAAGUCAACUCUAUGUUUGGAUUUAAUGCCAUGCACAUACAGAGAGUGCACUAUACAAUCAAGAAGCACUUAGCUCUGAACAGAAAAAUAGAGUUCAGAUGGCGACAGUCUUGGGAUCCCGAUGGUGAUACUGAUAUUCUAACCCAGCUUGGUCCUUUCGGAGGUUAUAAUUCUCAGUCAACUUGUGGUCCGGAUCCGGAUAUUUGUUUACAUUAUCACUUUGCUGCGUUCACAAACCCAAAGUUUGGAAAAGAUCCAAAUCUUGUGAAAACUACUCCUUCUAACGUAAAAGAGAGGUCAUUGAAGAUUCUUGAUCAGUGGCGUAAAAAAGCGGCGUUGCACUCUUCUAAUGCUGUGUUUAUUGAAACUGGAUUUGAUUUCUCUUACAUCUACAAAGAAUCCUUGGAAGUUAUCUAUAGCAACUAUAAGCCAAUGAUGGAGUACAUUAAUAGUCAUCCAGAGCUCAACACCCGAGUUAAAUGGGGGACUAUCAGCGACUACUUUGACAAAAUAAAGAAGUCAAAUGUCAACUUUCCGAGUCUAAGUGGUGACUUCUUCACGUACGCUGAUAGACUGGACGAGUAUUGGAGCGGGUACUAUACCACACGCCCCUUCUUCAAGAACCUGGACAGAGUUCUAGAAUCUUCCAUCAGGAGAACUGAGAUCCUCUUCUCAUUCCACAGAGAAAAGGGGGAUGUUGAGAAACUGACUAAAGCUAGGAACACUCUGUCUUUAUUCCAGCAUCAUGAUGCUAUCACUGGGACUGCAAAGCAUCAUGUUGUCUUGGACUAUGCUAGAAUGUUGUUAAACGCGUUUAAAACAUGUAUAGAGUUGUCCACAUCAGCCGUUCAACAUAUUCUGGAGACAAAAAGGACAAUAGGAGAACAGUUCCAGCCAAUCCGGCAGAGAGCGGGAUAUGAAGAUCUUGAAAAGUUCCGGGUUUUAGAAGCACCAGUUGGGCUUGUUAUAACCAGUACGAUACCAAGAAAAACCGAUUCAGCUCAAAUCAUCGCAGUCAAAUCACAUCUCAAUUUGGAGGUGGAAAGUACUGGGGGAGGAGUUGUACUUCAGCAGAUUGAACCAGCUAUUGAGUACGGUACACUAGAUCCCAACUCCGAGUUCAUUGUAUUCCGGACUGAGCUCCCAUCAGUUUCUAUCAAUAAGUUCGAAGUAACAAGCUCUGAAAAAGACAAAGAAAAAGAUAGAGCUAAUGUCCAAUUUUACAACCCUGGUGAGAAAGCAGCGGAGAUUUCCAGUCGAGACUCAUUUACAGUGUUAUCUCAUGAUUCAGCAUGCGAUGAUAUCUCGCUUGGAGGAGAUAGGCUUGCUUUAAUCUUGGAUUGUAGAUCAGGUCGUGUGAAGAGAAUAAAGAAGGAAGGAACAAGUGUGGAAAUAGAACAACAAGUAUUACUGUACAAAGGAAGAAGUGGAGCUUACUUGUUUAGACCUAGCGGCUCUCCUACACUUCUCUUCACUGAGUCAUCACGACCAGAGAUAGUCGUCAUAAAGGGAUCUCUGAGGGACAAAGCAGUCGUUACCCUCAGGAUCCUAAACAGUGUACUAGUCCUAACUUAUAUUGUGCAUCAUCAUCCGGGGUUGGAGGGAGAGUUUGUGGACCUGAAUAUAAUGUCUAAUCUAAGGGAUAGUGGCGAUCUAUCAAUCAGAUUAAAAACAGAUAUUAAGAGCGGAGACACCAUUUUCACUGACCUAAACGGUCACACUAUCCAACAACACAAGUAUAAAAGUAAGCUUCAUACACAAGGGAACUUCUUUCCAAUGCCCUCCACCGCUUUUAUCCAAGAUUCAUCGACUCGGCUGUCUCUUCUGGGAUCAGAACCUCAUGGGGCUGCUUCCUUAGCUCAAGGUUGGAUCGAAGUGGUGAUAGACAGGAGAACCUCACAAGAUGAUUUAAGAGGUUUGGGAGAAGCUAUACAAGAUAACAUUCCAACCCCUGCUAAACUCCGCAUUCUGGUGGAAGCUAGAUCAGCCACCCCCACUAUUAGCGAUCUAUAUGUAGUGGAGUACCCCUCACUAGUCAGCCACUGGACUCUGCAAUCUCUACUUCAUCCUGCUUUUAUUCUAUCUGUAAAUCUCGAUCAGAGAGACCCAUCUGCUUCUACUUUGCAACUAAUGAAGUCUUUACCGUGUGAUGAAGAGUUAGUUAAUUUGAGAUAUGUGAACGAUACAACGUCCCAAUUAAUUAGGAGAAAGUUGGGUUUCUCUUGUGCUAUCAAUACGCCUGUAAACUGUGACUACCAAGAUCUGAGCUUAGAGCAACUAUUUGCGGGAAAUGUUGUCAUUGUGAACCACCCAUUUUCUGCUCUUCGUACGGAAGAAGACACUAAGACAAGGGACCUUAAAUCAAUGGAAUUUUCAUCUCAGUAUGUCACGUUUGAUGAAAAAAUGAGUUUUUAGACAAUAUAAUCACGGGGCAGCGUGGCUUGUAUAUUUUUCUGCUUUUUAGUUCAGCUAGCAGGAACCCGUCUAACCCUAAAGUGGUGUCAAAACUCAAGAUACUAAAAUAAUCAUUACCUAUUUAAUUCGCGUUUUUUACACCACUUGGGGGUUCAAAUUUUGGGCACUAAAAUUCUUAUUCCUUGGCCAAUUUUUUAUUUUUUCGUGCUGAUUUGAAGGCUAUUAAAGCAUUUGAACCAUUUGAACCAGUCAAAAAAGUUUAAGUUGUAUAUCUUUUAUGGUUUUUGCAGAAAGUCGUGUUAAAGUUGAUGAUGUGGUGUCAGUAAAAUGGUACGGAUAUAUAAACAUAUAUAUAUAUACGUCUCGCUUUAUAUAUACUAGCAGGAACCCGUCUAACCCUAAAGUGGUGUCAAGACUCGAGAGACUAAAAUAAUUAUUACCUAUUUAAUUCGCGUUUUUGACACCACUUGGGAGUCCAAAUUUUGGGCACUAAAAUUAUUAUUCCUUGGCCAAUUUUUUAUUUUUUCAUGCUGAUUUGAAGGCCUUUAAAGCAUUUGACCCAGUCAAAAAAGUUUCAGUUGUAUAUCUUUUACGGUUUUUGCGGAAAGUUGCGUUAAAGUUGAUGCCGUGGUGUCAGUAAAAUGGCACAGAUAUAUAUAUAUCGUCUCGCUUUAUAUAUAGUAAGAUAGUAAGAUUUAAUGUUUUGGUUUUUCAUUAACCAGUGCAAGUGUACGGCUUCUACUAAAAUAAAAUACUCAAAUUUACAGUUUACACUUGUAAUAAUAUUUAAUAAUAUGAGCGGGAUAUAAAUAAAUACCUCAUUUCAUCAAAAGUUGUCCUUUUUUACUAUUUAUUGAAUAUACAUGUAUUUUGUUAAUAUUAUUGACUAUUAUUU